AUGCUCGCCAAAACUCUUCUGGCCCUAGGCGCCUUCGCAUCCUUCGCCGAACAGGCCAUCGUGCUCCCAUCCGAAUACCACCUCAACGUAGUCCGCGACGAAACCGAUGUAAAGCAGCCGGUCGAGGUGGCCCUCAAUCUCGAGCUUGAUGCCGGACACGAGCCCACCACUGAUGAAACUGCCAACGAGGUGCCCCGGGCCCUCGCAGCUCAGGGCGACGACAAUGGCAACAACGCGACAGUCGCCUCGAUGUCCUUCUCCAAGCGCGGCAUGGUCUUCAACGACGCUGGCAUGGCUAAUGCCCUUGGCGGAGCUUGUCAGAAGUGCGGCUGGGGCUGGAACUGGGACCAGACUCCCAACGGCUUCGACGGCAGAUUCAGCUUCGUUCCUAUGCUCUGGGGAGACCGUCCCGUCCACACCAACCGCUGGGCCGCCAAUGCCCAGAGGGCCAUCCAGAACGGCGCCAAGGCCUUCCUCAGCUUCAACGAGCCCGACAAUGGCGGCCAAUCCAACAUGACUCCCGAGGCUGCCGCCGAAGCCCAUAUCAGGUACAUGAAUCCCUACGCCGGCAAGGUCAAGAUCGGCGCCCCGUCCAUCACCAACAGCGGCGCCCCCAACCAGGGCGUCAACUGGCUCAAUGCCUUCUUCAGGGCGUGCAAUGGACGCUGCCGUGUCGACUUCUGCCCCGUCCACUGGUACUCGGACGCCCAGUGGGCCGACACCCUCAUCACUCACAUCAACUCAGCCUCCAAGGCAUGCGGCGGCAAGCCCGUCUGGCUUACCGAGUUUGCUCCCACCGGCGGCGACGUCAACGGCUUCCUCCGCAAGAUGCUUCCCAAGCUCGACGGCCUCGGGUCUCUUGACGCCUACUCGUACUUUAUGGUUUCCCAGGGCAGGCUCAUGUCGGGCGGCCGAAGCCUCAGCAGCGCCGGACAGCUCUACGCCACCCUGUAA